AUGGGCGAUGUAGAGUACGGCAAGAUCUACGACUUCUACCUCCCUCCUGCGUUCCUGAGGCUGUACGAUGGACCGUCCGUGAACGUGCAGGACAUGUGGCGCAUCCUGGGCCGUGGUACGACCAACGGUGGCCUGGUGGUGGGCACCAUCAUCAAGCCCAAGCUGGGCCUGCAACCGAAGCCGUUCGGUGAGGCGUGCUACUCCUUCUGGCAAGGUGGUGACUUCAUCAAGAACGAUGAGCCCCAGGGAAACCAGGUGUUCUGCCAGAUGAACGAGUGCAUCCCUGAGGUGGUGAAGGCCAUGAGGGCGGCCAUCAAGGAGACUGGCAGCUUCAAGCUCUUCUCCGCCAACAUCACUGCAGAUGACCCGAACGAGAUGAUUGCCCGCGGCAAGUACAUCCUGUCUCAGUUCGGUCCUUUGUCUGAGAACUGCGCCUUCCUGGUGGACGGCUACGUGGCAGGCGGCACUGCGGUGACUUGCUGCAGGCGCAACUUCCCCAAGCAGUUCCUGCACUACCACCGCGCCGGCCACGGCUCAGUGACCAGCCCCCAGACCCAGCGAGGCUACACUGCCUUCGUGCACACCAAGAUCUCGCGAGUCAUCGGCGCAUCCGGCAUCCACGUUGGCACCAUGAGCUUCGGCAAGAUGGAGGGCGAUGCGUCGGACAAGAACAUUGCUUUCAUGCUGCAGGACGACGAGGCGGAUGGGCCGUACUACCGCCAGGAGUGGCAGGGCAUGAAGCAGACCACGCCCAUCAUCUCGGGCGGCAUGAACGCGCUGCGGUUGCCGGCGUUCUUCGAGAAUCUGAGCCACUCCAACGUGAUCCUGACCGCAGGCGGUGGCGCCUUCGGCCACAAGGACGGCCCCAAGAUUGGUGCCAUCUCUUGCCGUCAGGGCGAGGAUGCCUGGAAGGCAUGGAAGUCGGGCCAGUAUGGCAACAUCAGCCUGAGUGACGGCGUGAUCGAGUUUGCCAAGACCCACGAGGAGAUCAAGGGUGCGUUCCUGACCUUCCAGAAGGACGCCGACCAGAUCUAUCCUGGCUGGAAGGAGAAGCUGGGCUACACUGGUGAGUCCUCCGUGCAGGCGGCAAGCUUCGACUGGGCCAAGCGCGCGUCGGCGGCGGCCUUUGUGGGUGCUAGCGUGGCCCCGGCCAAGAAGGAGAGCUCGGUGACGCGACAGGCUUUGGACCAGUCCAGCCGUUAUGCUGAUUUGUCCCUGGAUGAGGCGACUCUGAUCAAGAGACUUAGCUGA